UUUUGUUGGGUUGGCUUUCAUGUACUUCAGAAAAAAAAUUAUUAGUGAUUUACAAAAUCAUCCAAACAUUUUUGAAGUUGAAAAUUUUUGAAAUAUUUGUGCAUUAUGGCCGAUUUUAAAGUAAUUACAUCUGAUUUUGUAAAAUUACACAUAAGCACAUCUAAGGAUGAUGUAUCCUUCAACGAAAAACGAUUUCCAAAGGACAUAACCAUAUCAGACCUAAAGGCAAAACUUGAAUUAAUAACAGGGGGCAAUUGCAACACGAUGCAAAUUGAAGCUUAUAACAAGGAUAAUAAACACAUUUGUUCACUUUCAAAUAAUGAAGCUUUGCUUGGUUCUUACCCUUUAGAUGAUGGAAUGAGACUACACGUGGUUGACCAGUUUAAUAUACGUAAUGAGCUUGAUUUUGGAGACGUGCCUAAGUAUGAAUUACCUGAGGAGGAAUAUAACAAAAAGUCAGAUUCUGUCAAGGCAUUUUUAAUGAAAAAUAAAAUGGGUCAAUAUAAUGAGGAGAAUAUCAAAAAGAAAGAAAAGCAAAUGUCUGAAGAAAAGCAAUUGGCAGAAAACACUCCAAUUGGUUCUAGAUGCAAAGUUACUGUAGCUAAUGCUCCUUGUAGACUUGGGACCGUAAUGUACACAGGGCCUGUUGAAACCUUACCUGGAUAUUGGAUUGGAGUCAAGUACGAUGAACCUUUGGUAACAAGUUUUACUACAGAUUUAAAGGCAAGAAAUAUUUUGAAUGUGCAAAUAAUUAUGGUGCUUUUGUUAAACCACACAAUGUGGAGUGUGGAGACUUCCCCGUAGAGGACUAUGACUUGAAUGAAGAAAUAUGAUUGGUAACAAGCAUUCCAGUUUACUUUGUGUAAUUAAUUUAUUGAUAUUAAAUCAGAAAUUAUUUUAAUCAGUA